AUGAAAUAAAAAGAAAUUAAACUUGUUUAUGAAAAAACUAAUGAGGUAUAUUAAUGGCAAUUAAUGCCUUUAGAUUAAUUAAUUCAAGAAGUUAGUCAAGUUUUUAAUAUACAAUUAGGCACAUUUUAAGUUGUGUCUUAAGAUAAAAGAAUUGAAAUUAGAAAUACUGAAGAAUUAUAUUGGUAUGGUUAAAGUGGUGGUAUUUUAAUUACUGAAAAGUAAACCUUUUAAAACAGAGUAUACUCUCCAGUUCCUAAUUUGAAUCUAAGUUAAAUUUAGAAUCAAAAACAAUAUUCAAUAGUUAGAAAAACUUAAGAAAUUAAAAAGAGACUCAAUCAAACAAUUAAAUUAAUGAAAAAUACUUAAUCUACUAUAACAUAUAGAAGUUUGUCUCCAAAAGAAAGUUGGAAAUGUUUAUAAGAAAAGACUAAACAAUUAUAAGAACAAACUUAAUAAUUUAAUAGUAGAUAAGAGGAAUUACAAUAGGAAUCUGAAAAGUAAGAUAUUUAAUAUUAUCUAAGUUUAUUAAAAGAAAUUUUGGCAGUUUAAAAUGAAAAUGUAAUGUAUAGCAAACGUAAUGAUGGCUUAUAGAAAUCUAUUAAUUAACUUUAAAUGCUUUUGAAAUUAUAGAAAAAAUAAAUAAACUAAAUAAAAAUGAGGUAUCCUGCAAUAGAUUUAGAUUCUUAUGUUAGUUCAAUAAAGUAUUAAAGCAAUUUAAAGGAUACUUUAUUGAAUUAUCUUCAAGUAUUGUUACAAAUGAUUCUUAAAGGAGAGGAUAAGAAUAAUUUUAAAACUACUUUUAAUUAAAAUGAAACAAUAUUAUGUUUACAACAAAUUAUGAAAGAAAUAAAGAAAAUUUGA